UUCAGUCAGUGUUGGAUUUUCCACUCGUCCGGAACAUAAAAAAGCGAGAACAAAUUAUUUCAACAUUCCGUGUGCGUGUCACUAUAAGUUUUUUUUCCUCCUCUACUUUUUCCUCAUUUUCAUUUCACAACGCACGAAAAAUUUCCUAAGUUUGGGUGGAACAGUACGCUCUCACAGCCACUCGUAAAUUCACAUCGUUUACGAAUAGAAAAGAUCAUCUCUUCUUGUUUUUUUUCCUUCUUCUCAUCAUCAUCAUCUUCGCGCUGCCUGGCUCAAAAUUUUCGUCUCAUCCGCGAAUUCAUCUGACCCUCCUCGCCCACCAAGAGUCGCAAAGAGCAGAGUGUGUGCCGCACAAGAGGGCAAUGAUGACUCGGUAAAGGAACCCAAAAGCUCUCGUUCGUGGGAGAAUGUUCUUCAUAUUGGUGUACUGUAAGGAACAAAAUUGACUCAACCGUUGCUUGUUGUGAAACAUUUUGUCAAUCUGGAACAUCUCCUGUGGUCGAGAAGACCACACAAGGGGUUGUGUUUUUUGCACAAUUAAACCAUGGCCACACCACCUGAUAGCCCUCUGGAGGAGGUGGUGUAUGAACUUGAGCCAACACGUGUUCCAAAGCCAAUUCCCGUUGCGCUCGAGGAUCUCUGUCGGCAAACAAAGUUUACGAGACAGGAAAUCCGAGUGAUGUACAGAGGAUUUAAAACAGAGUGUCCAGAAGGUGUUGUACAUGAAGACUGUUUCAAAGACAUUUACGCAAAAUUUUUUCCACAUGGCAAUUCCAGCCUUUAUGCCCAUUACGUGUUCAAAGCAUUCGAUGUUAACUGCAACGGAGCAAUUAGCUUUCGGGAUUUGUUAGUAACAUUAUCAACUUUACUGCGGGGUUCAGUUUAUGAGAGAUUGAGAUGGACUUUUAAACUUUAUGAUUUGAAUGGAGAUGGGUGUAUUAGUCGGAAUGAAUUGGGUGAAGUGGUGCAAGCAGUGCAUGAGCUAAUGGGUAGAAGAGCACACCAGCCAGAAGACGACAGGAAGGCGAGAGAUCAGGUUGAUAGAGUUUUCCGAAAGUUGGACCUGAAUCAGGAUGGUGUGAUAACAAUUGAGGAAUUCCUGGAAGCUUGCUUGAAAGAUGAUCUUGUUACGAAAUCACUGCAAAUGUUCGAUACAGGACUUUGACGAUUGCCUGAGCAUCUCGUCAGCAAUAAAUUUAAAGAUUCCGUCUCUCUAAUUGAUCUGUAAAUUUUCUUUAUUAUAUGAAAAUGUAAAAUUAAGAACAAAAGUACAUAGUCUUCAUUUUCAGCCCUUCAAUUUAAGAGAAAGAAAAAUGUUAUAUCUUUGUAAUCAAAACUGUGACUAUUGGACAAUUUCUCUUAUAAAUUACAAGUAGAUGGGAGAAAUCAAAUGCAAGAAACAUGAAUUAGAUACGCUUAUUAGGUGAAAUGAUUAUUGACAUUAUGAUAAAUACUUCUUUUUCUAUUUAAAUUUAAUUUUUAAUUUAUAAUUUUUUCUCACUGUCCUUGUCUCCCUUCCCCAAUGGGAACCAAAGAAAUAAAAAAUAAAUAAAUAAAAACAACAAAGUAUUAUGUAGAUGUGGAUGAGUGGGAGGAGAAUUUGUAAAACUUACAAAACCCCAAAAAUGAUUUUAUAUUAAUUAUCGAACAUUAAAUGUUCAGCAAUAACUUUAUAUGUUACCAACAAACAAUAUGGUGUAAAACGUUAAGACAUUAAAAUAUGACUUCAAUUUUUUGCAUAAAAUGAACACGAUUCCGGAAAAACGGGCAUAAAAAUAACAUGAAUGUUUGAAAUACAAAAAAUAGCGUAUAUAGAGAAAAAAAAACAGCAAAAAAUAAAAUAUUGUCAAUGGUUAAAUUUGUUCCAAUUUGGAACAAUGUGUAUAAAAAAAUAAUAUUCAAGUGGGCAUUUUUUAUUGUAAAAAAAACCAACACUACCUAUAAUGAAUUUUUCAGAUAAAACGAUGUUCCAUGUACUCUUGGAAUAUAACUAAUUGCCAUUAAAAAUUAAUCUACAUGUAAAAUAUAUUAUAGGUAAUAUUACAACCAUUCUGCAUGAUUAAUGAACUUUAUUUAUUGAUAACUUCAAAAUUGUUUCAGUUGUCUCAUUUAAUUUUAUUUAUCCACAGCACAAAAAAAAACAUUAAAUGUCUACCCUAUAAAAGUGCUUCUGCCAUAAAAAUAUUUAUUUAAAUUUGAGAGAAAAUUAAUUUUCAAAAAAAAAAAACUCUUUUAUGUAGAAAAAAAUAGACAAACUCCUAAAUCAAAGCCAAAGUGCAAUUUUAUAACACAGGAAAUAUUUUUUAAAUAAAUACCUUUUUUGCAUUUUAGAAUCAUAUAUCAAAUGCAAUUUUCAUGUGAAAUGAUUAGGAAAUGAAAAACAUUUUUGAAAUUUAAACUAUAUGCAUGUAUUUCUAUACAUAGAUUUUAUAGGUAGAUUCCCAACCCAUGUCCUUUUUUUCACUUUUGAAAACUAUUUCUUUUAAAUGUAAAAUAAAAGAAAAUUAUCACGAAUGACAGGUAAAAAAAGGUACCAAGAAAAAAAUCUCUGAAACAUUUAAAUUUAUUUUUAUUAUUUACAGCACCACUAAUUAAAAGAAAAUAAUACAUAUUACCUAUUUAUUUAAUAGAAAAUCAAAGAGAAAUUUCAUUAAAAAUCUUGUUAAAAAAUAUUUUUCAAAGUGGUGCAGAUAAAAUUUGCAAAUCAUCAUCUUCGACUCAACAAAGCCAACAUAAAGAAUAAUAAAAUUAGCAUAAAUAGAUAAAAACAAAAAUAGAGAAGAAAAAAAAGAAAG